AUGGCGCUUGAGCCUGGCCGCCGCUCUGCCUCUCCCGAGAGCUCUGGUCACGAGUCGCCCGAGCCGCGGCAAUGGAGGAAUCAGCUGGGAAGCGAGGAUGCGCCGCCAAAGGACAAGCACUACCGUAAAUAUGCAAACGGCGUCGAGAGAGCUUUGUUGCUGUUUGACACGACCCUGCAGGAAUGGGCCGAUUACAUCUCGUUCCUUAACCGUCUGCUCAAGGCGCUGCAGGCCCGGCCGUCGUCCAUCUCUACCAUCCCGGCUAAGGCAACCAUCGCAAAACGAUUGUCGCAAUGUCUAAACCCAUCUCUACCGUCGGGCGUUCACCAAAAGGCCCUCGAAGUCUACAGCUAUGUCUUCUCUGUCAUAGGAAAGGAAGGCUUGUCAAGAGAUCUGCCUUUGUACUUCCCCGGCCUUGCCUCGGUCUUGUCCUUUGCCUCGCUCGCGGUUCGCGGACCGUUCCUCGCCCUCCUCGAACGCUACUUUGUGGACCUUGAUCCGCGUUCCUUACGACCGGCACUGAGAUCUGUCGUGCUAGCUCUGUUGCCCGGAUUGGAGGAGGAGACGAGCGAGGAUUUCGAGCGGACACUCAAGCUUAUGGAGCGUUUCAAAGCCGCAAUUCGGCCUCCCGGCUCUGAGGAUAUCACGGACGUCCACUCAUCCGGCGAUGACUUUUUCUGGCAAUGCUUCUUCUUGGCCUCCAUCACCGGCCACAGCCGAAGGACUGGUGCCCUAGCUUACCUUCUGCGUUGUCUCCCGCAAUUAGAUCAUACCUUGCAUCCUGAGCCAGCCAAGGGCCUCGAUACACGAAACAGCGCCAAUGGGGAGGUAUCUGCUAAGCUGGCUCGGAUGGUCACUUCUCCGGAACCAGGCCUGCUGAUACGUUGCUUCGCCGCUGGUCUUGCUGACGAGCAGCUGCUCAUUCAGCGCGGGUACUUGGACUUGCUAGUCACCCAUCUUCCGCUGCAUUCAACCGUAUUACAAAAGGAAGCUAAGGCCGGUGAUUUGGAGCUGCUUCUGAGGGCGGCGGUCGGCGUCACGGUACGGCGAGACAUGAGCCUCAAUAGGCGGUUGUGGGCAUGGUUGCUUGGCCCUGAGCCAGCGGCAUCUGCUGAAGGAGAGGCUGGUUUAGAAUCCCCUACUUCUACAGCGGACCACAGCCACGGUUUCUUAUCCUCUCGGACCGGCUAUUUCGAAGAGUUUGGUCUGCAACCGCUGACGCGAGCUCUGCUUGCUAUGAUUAGAACCGAUGUCGGAAGCAAUCCGGCCGACCGAGCACGGCCUUAUCGAAUAUGUCUGUCCUUAAUGGACAGGUGGGAAGUUGGCGGCCUCGUUGUCCCUAAACUGUUCCUUCCCAUUGUCGAUAGCGUGAGAAACUUCAAGUCCAGGGCCGCGAGCAAAGCAGACUUCAGCGAGGUCUUGCGGAGUGCCAGUGUAUUCUUCGAUGGCGUUGAGAGUGGGUUGAUAUACAGUGAAAUAUUGACUCUGAUGGCCCAAGCCAUCAGUCCUGGGGAUUCCUCACCUUCUGAGCGGAACACAAAAUUCGACCUUGUCAAAUUCAUCCUGACACAUUUCAACGUCCGGGAGGAGGAGAUGAUUACAAUUCACGCUCCUCUCACAGUCUUAUCUAUUCUAUGUAUGAUGGAGGAGGCUAAAGAGGGGAACGAAAGGGAAGACUUUCGAACCUCGCUUGGCGCUUCCUUGUCGGAGUCGUCUCUGAACAUUGCACUAACCUUACUCGAACUUGUGCCGGAACGGGCCUUUUCGUCCGUCUCGGCAGGUAAAUCCAGAUCUGCCGGCGGAUCCACGAUUUCGACCACGCCAUCCACUCCAGAACUGCUCAAGAGGAUCAGGGCUUUCUAUGUCACCGAUCAAGGCAACCUUGAAGCAGCCUCGCCUCCCUUCACGCCACAGAAACUUGCCGAACUUCUUUUGCAAAAGUCAUGUACCCUCAACUGCGACUCCCUAAGCCGGAGACCAUCCGGUACAGAGAUGGCUGUCAGGAGCCAGCUUCUCAUCCGUCUACUCUCAAAGACCCCUGAAACCUCACCGCUUGACACAGGCAAGCUUCUCGCCGCGCUUCACGAUUGUCUAUCCUUGGGCUCGCCAAUCUCGUUUACCACAUACUCAUCAGCCGUCUCGAUCUCAUCGCACUUGCAUUCAACAAACAGGAUAGCGGCGGCUGAACUUUCCGACCUUGUAGUGCCCCUAGUACGGCACGCUUGGUCCUUCCUAUCAGCAUCAGAGCCGAAAUAUCAUGUAGAAGUUGUUCGCAGUCUCUGGCUGCUUCAGAGCGCUCUUACACCUGAAAACAGGGACAUUGAGGCCGCCAUCUGUUCUCUGAUGCUGGAGCACGACACGGUUGGCACAUUCGCCCAGCGACCCGCGGAUCCAGGCCGGAGUUUCUGUGUGCUUUGGUCACACAGCUUGCAGGACCAUCCUUCCGGAACAGAACGCAGGGGCGGCAAGGCCGUUAACGGUGAUGCCAAGGCCCCUCCUCGCAUCUCCGGAAUAGACCACUACGCGGUCAUGUUGACCAGGCCUCUGUUCUUGAUGCUGGAUUCCCUCGCCGAUGAGAGGACACAGCUGUUCUUGACAGCUAAAGCUUGGUUGAAUGGCCUCCCCACGAUGGACAAGUUAUUCGCUAUCCUUGUCACGAAAUUCGCAGACCUGCCCUUCUUAAGACGUCAGCCAGCCUCUCAAUCGGCACCGAUGCCCUUUACAGAGGAUGACGACCUCGACAUGGCCUUGUAUUACCUCCGCUCCCUCUUGAGCGUGUUCCGCUGGGCACCCGAAGCAGCUUGGGCAGUCCUGGCGAAGAGGAAUAUCCUGUCGGCUGCUUUCCAUCCGCAGCUCUCCCAUAUCACUGGUGUCGAUGGCGACCUUACACUACAGGAGUUCUUCCUCCAUGUCUGCCUUCGGUGCCUUGCUCACGAUAAGGUCCCGGGUGAAAUAGGAUCAGAAACGAGGGCGACCCAGCUCCACCGCUCCGCUUUAACUGUGCUGCAUCAGAUUCUCCUAAAUCCUUUUGCUCAGGUGCUGUCGAAACUGCAUCUUGAGAAUACCUUGAUCGAGAAACUGUCGCAGAGUCUUGAGGGGCCUGAUCCCUAUGUACAAGUUUUGCUUCUCGACGUUGUCUAUGCCGCUCUCAAACUCCGCGAAUUGGUCCCUUUAGAACCCCCAACCUCCCCAGGCAAUGAGAAGCGUGCCGCAAGCAUGGAUCCGGCAAGGGGCUCCCGGGCCUCCCUAACUGGGGAGAGACCGGGUGCUCUUAAACCACCGCCCCAGGCAUUGCUCAAGUGCAUCCUCGCCGGACUCAGCUCGCCAAGCAGCCGGCCGAUUCUGGACAGCUGGGUCGGGUUCCUUGCCGAAUGUUUACCUCUGUACGCCGAUUCGGUCUUCCAGGUCCUCAUUCCACUCGUGGAGACUCUCUGCAGCCAAAUUGGCAGUACGUUCAAGAACCUCCAGCAUCUGUUCAGAGACACUGCCCAGACGCCGUCCAGCGGCGCUGCUGGGCCAGAAACCACUCUCAUCUCCUUAUUAAAUGGCCUUGAGCAGGUUUUGGCAUACGGGCACGACAGGCUGCUGACUGAAGAGGCCAGAGCCCAGGCUAUCAAGAGCCCCGAUCAACCUCAGGGUUUCUUCGGUAACAUGGUGUCCGGCGUGUUCUCCUCGGAUGCGCCGCAAGCGCGGAGCGCCACGGCAAACGACAGACUUACCGUUUUGCUCGCCUUCCAGGAUGCUGUCCGCAUCUGCUUCACCAUCUGGUCUUGGGGCCAGGGGAACGAUGCGACUCUGCAGGACGUCACGUCUGCGGCAUCGCUCAACUACACGUCGCUACGUAUGAGGAACCGGGCGAGAAGGCUGCUGGAGCACCUCUUUGCCGCGGAGACCCUGGAGUGCCUCGAAACGGUGAUAGGGAUAUGGCGGGACGCUCUCCACAGCGGCGACCCCUCCAAGGCGGCCGAGGUGUUCAACCUGCUGCCCGCUCUGGACGGCUCGCGCCCGAAGCACACCAUCCCGGCGCUGUUCAACGCCAUCUACAGCCGCACCAGCCCCGGCGCACUCGACCCGUCGAGACGGUCCACGUUGACAAUUGAGCUGCAGGACACUGACGUUGUCAUUUUCUUGGUUGACUACGCUCGGUCGUUGGAAGAUGAUGCUAUGGAUGAGAUAUGGCAGGACUGCACCGCGUUCCUGAAGGAUCUGUUGGGCAACCCAUUCCCGCACCGGCAGACAUUGCCGAGCUUGCUCGAGUUCGCCGCCAUCCUAGGCGAGAAGGUGGAUAAUACGAAUUUUGGGGAGCAGCGGAAGAUGCGGCGAGAGCUGGCGGACUUGUUCCUACGCCUCCUCACGGCCAUCUUCACCACGCGCCCGACUAGUUUCGACGUCUCCUCUGAGAGGCGGCCGGGCGAGGUAAGCCGGCCCCAACAAACUCCGGCCCUCAAACUUCCCGGCGAGCGCGCCGACGACGUAGUGGGCAUCCUCUCCGCUAUCGUGCCGAACCUGCCCAAAGUUCUUGUCGAAAACGACCGAAUCCUCACGGCAGCAACAGCUAUAUCCACCAAUGUCAUUGGCCCAACCCUACGCUCCAAAUCCUUCCCCGAAACCGUCUCGGCCAGCACCCUUGCCCUCCUCCAGGAACUCUCGCGCCUGCCCAACAACCAGAAGUCUUGGAAAAAAGACAUCUCGGACGCCUUCAACGACCCCCGCUUCUUCGGGUCCUCCCUGCAGCUAGUCCACCGCGGCUGGCUACCGCUCCUUAAACAAUGGACGGUGGCGGACAAGGAGCGCAUGCCAGAGCUGCUGUCGCGGCUCACGCCGCCGACGACGGCGGGGAUCGUGUUUGGCGUGGGCGCCACGUCGGCGCGGCUCGAGGCGGACCGCCGCACGCAGCUGACGCUGCGGCGCGUGGCGGCGCUCAUGGUGGCGUGCGGGCGCGACGCCUUCGUGGCCGACCUGCCGGCCGUGCUGGACCGGCUGACGGAGCUGCUCGGCGCUACGGCCACGUCGUCACCCUCGAGCACCACGCGCGCCGAGGUCUACAUGGUCCUGCGGGCGCUGGUGCUCACCACGGGCGUCGUGCACCUCGCGCCCUUGUGGCCCGUCGUCAACGCCGAGCUGCACGCCGCCAUUGCGUCCGUGGUCGCGCCAGACCACAGCCCGCCGGCGGAUACCUACGGCAACGCGGCCGUCUUGCAGGCUUGCAAGUUGUUGGAUUUGCUGGUGUGCGUGGCGCCUGACGAUUUCCAGCUGCACGAGUGGCUGUUUGUGACGGAUACCAUCGAUGCCGUGUACAGGCCUGGCGGCGGGUACCAGCCGGUGGCGCUGGUGGACGAGGUCUGUGAGGAGCUGGGGGUAAUCGGAGCCGCCGACGGAGGAAUUGGGAGCACCGCGGCCGCGUCGGCUGUGGCUGUUGACGGGGACAGACGGCCGCUACUGGGCCGGCCCGGGGGCAUCAACGACGAGGUUGGGUUGGAAAGAAAGGAUGAGCUCGUGGCCAAGGUGCUCAGGCCCUUCUUUGGCCAGCUGAGCAUCUACGCGUUUGAGUCCACGUAUGCGAUGGCGCCGAUGGACUGGGAGGCGUGCGUGGCUGGCUUGGUGAAGGACGUGUUUGACGAGAGGACUAUUGUCAGGGCGUUGUAG